AACAUUUCCCGUUCGUGGCUAGUCCGUGGCUAACCGCUCCAAAUGCAUACUCAAGGGAGAAUGUCAGCUUUGAGGGUACUGAUCUCCAUCAAUAUCAUGGUGUCUGCUUCAACAAACAGUUCACUUACGGACAGACAACAGAGAAGUUUCAUACUCCCUGUGGAAGCUAACACUUCCCUGUCUAAGCCUGUGGAUACAAAGGCUGUGCUCUCUUGCCCUCCGAUCACCCAGAAAGCUGUGCUGGUAACAAUAAGAUGGGAAAUAAUCCUCAGAGACAAGCCUUCCUGCACCAGAGCCUACAGGAAAGAUACAAAUGAGACCAGGGCCAUAAACUGUAGUGACGAGACAAUAUCCUGGGACUCCAGACCUGAUCGGAAUCCCGCCCUUCAGAUCGAUCCAGUGGCCGUCACUCAUGAUGGAUAUUACAAGUGUGAAGUGGUCACAACUCAUGGGCAUUUCUCUCAUGGAUAUCACCUGAAAGUGUUAGGUAAGGAGCAUCGUAUAUUGUGGGAUGUCAGAUAACCAGAUUUGGACUGAAACAGAUGUCUCUCUCUAUUCCAUAUCCGUGUGUUAAGACUGAAGCAUUUUCCCCUGCAUCU